UUGAACGAAUCCUUCAGAAAAAAUGGCUGCCAAAAGUUAUAUUCUGGACAACGGAGCUUACACUGCCAAAGUCGGCCACACGGACGACGAAACACCUAAAAUUAUACCCAAUUACAUUAUGAAAGCAAAAAGUGAACGGCGAAGGACUUUUAUUGGCGAUCAGCUAUCUGAAUGCAGGGAUAAGUCUGGAUUGUACUUUAUGUUGGGCUAUCAAAAAGGUUAUCUAUUAAAUUGGGAUAUUCAAAAAACAGUAUGGGAUUAUAUAUUUAGUAAAGAUUGUUGCAAAGCCAACUUUUCUGAAAUGCCACUUAUUGUGACUGAACCAUACUUCAAUUUUAGUACAAUUCAAGAAGGAAUGACUGAAAUUUUUUUUGAAGAAUACGAAUUUCAAGCUUUAUUGCGUACCAAUGCUGGAAAUCUAUCUUGCUACCAUUACCAUCAUAAUAAUCCAUCAACUAAGUGUUGUUUAGUCGUUGAGUCUGGCUACAGUUUUACACAUAUUGUACCAUAUAUCUUACAAAAGAAGUACAAACCUGGGAUGUUGCGCAUUAAUAUUGGUGGUAAAAUUCUUACUAAUCACUUGAAAGAAGUAAUUUCAUACAGACAGUUGCACGUUAUGGAAGAAACAUAUGUUAUGAACCAAUGCAAGGAAGAUUUGUGUUUUGUAUCAACUGAUUUUGAUCAAGACCAUAAAAUUGCAAAAAUGAAAUGGCCAAAAAACACUAUUGUCAAGGAUUAUAUUUUACCUGAUUAUACAACUGUAAAUAGGGGACUUAUAAGGACACUAGAUGAGACUUCUAAUAGUAGGACUGUUGAUAAAGACCAGCAAGUCUUGCGAUUGAACAAUGAACGUUUCAUGAUACCAGAAAUAUUAUUUCACCCGAGUGAUAUUGGAAUACAACAAAUGGGCAUACCUGAAGCAAUUGUUUUUAGUAUCAAUUUAUGUCCUAAAGAAACUAGACCUCAUCUAUUCAACAAUAUCAUUGUUACUGGUGGUAAUGGGUGUUUUCCUGGUAUGCAAGAGCGUCUUACCAAAGAAGUCAGAGCUCUUGCUCCUGACGAGUUUGAUGUAUCAGUUACUGUUCCUAAAAAUCCUGUUACAUAUGCUUGGAGUGGAGGAAAUCUACUCAGUAAAGAUCAAGAGUUUAAUUCGCUUGUGGUAACUAAAGAAGAAUACGAUGAAGAAGGAUUUUCUGCAUGUCACCGAUUUGAUAUCUAAAGUGUAUUGAAUAAGACUGAUAAAUUGUACUAGUAAUUGUUGGAUAUAAAUUAUUUUGAUUUCCAUUGAACAUAUAUUUAUAAUAUAAUAACUGAGGUUUAUGAAAAUCUUAGAUUAUUCAUCAUAUUAUUUUUCUUAUGAAUCUUAGUACUAAGCAAGUAAAUCACAUU